CCCGGCCCACAAUGCCCCGCGCCGGCCCAGUGGCACCAGUAUGGACCAGUACAUCGUGCUGGGCCGCAUUGGGGAAGGCGCGCAUGGCGUCGUGUUCAAGGCCAAACACCGGGAGACCGGGGAGCUGGUGGCCCUCAAAAAGGUGCCCCUGCGGCGCCCCGAGGACGGGGUCCCGCCCCAGACCCUGCGCGAGAUCAAGGCCCUGCGGGAGAUCGAGGCCCACCCCCAUGUGAUCCGGCUCCGGGCCGCCUUUGCCCAGGGUCCCGCCGUGGUUCUGGCUCUGGAGCUGCUCGUGGGGGACCUGGGGGGGCUCCUGCGUGCGGCCCCUGCCCCGCUGCCCCCGGCCCGCGUGCGGGCCCUGCUCGCCAUGACUCUGCGGGGGCUGGGCCACGUGCAUGGCCACCACCUGCUGCACAGGGACCUCAAACCAGCCAAUCUGCUGCUGGACAGCGCUGGGCGUCUCAAGUUGGCGGAUUUUGGGCUGGCACGGGUGCUGGGCCCCCCCCCAGGGCGCCCCUACAGCCACCAAGUGGCCACCAGGUGGUACCGAGCCCCCGAGUUGCUCUAUGGCGCCCGGCACUACGAUGAGGGUGUGGAUUUGUGGGCUGUGGGCUGUAUUUUCGGCGAGCUCCUGACGCUGUCGCCGCUGUUCCCGGGUGAGAACGACAUCGAGCAGCUCUGCUGCGUGCUCCGGGCACUGGGCACACCCAGCCCGCAGGACUGGCCGGUAUUGGGGCAACUGGGAGCACUGGGAGGGACUGGGAACAGAUGGGGGCACUGGGAAGCACUGGGAGGGUACUGGCAGCACUGGGUCAUACUGGUGGCUACUGGGAGGGCACUGGGAAGUACUGGGGGCACUGGGAAAGGGAAUGUUGGGCUCUGGAAGCAGGGCGUACAGGACACUGGGAGCACUGGAUCAUACUGGUUUAUACUGGUCCAUACCGGUCCAUAUUGGCCCAUAGUGGUCCAUACCAGUCCAUACUGGCCCAUACUGCCCCAUACCGGUCCAUACUGGUCCGUACUGGUCCCUGUCCCCACAGGAAAGGGCCGAGCUCCAUACUGGCCCAUACUGCUCUGCACUGUUCCAUACCGGUCCGUACUGGCCCAUACCGAUCCGUACUGGUCCAUACUGGUCCACAUCCCCACAGGAGAUGGCCGAGCUGCCGGAUUUCCCCAAGCUCCGGUUUCGGCCGCGGGCGCCGCCGCCGCUGGAGCUGCUGGUGCCAGGUGCCGACGCGGCCGCGCUGGAUCUGCUGCGGCGUCUGCUGCGGUACCGGGCACGGCUGCGGCCACGGGCGCACCAGGCCCUGCUGCACCCCUUCUUCUUCGGCCCCCAGGAGCUGACCCCACCCCCACCCCCAGGGGGGUCCCGGCAGCCCCCCAACUUCAGCCUGGACACCGCGCUGGAGCUGCCCCCCCGGGGGGCGCUGAGACCCCUCCCCAACCUGGGGGACCCCCACUGCCCCCCCGGGGGGCUCUGAGACCCCUCCUCAACCUGGGGGACCCCCACUGCUCCCCCAGGGGUCCCUGAGACCCCUCCCCAACCUAGGGGAAACCCACUAACUCCCCCAAACUGGGGGACCCCCGAUGGACCCUCCCUGACUCCCCCAAACUGGGAGACCCCCCCCCCCCCCCCCCCCCAUGGAGC